GAGAAAAAAACAUGUAAUCCUUCAAAUCUAAAAGUGCUCUGAGUUUUGCGGCAUGGACACUAAACAAGAUUACAGUUGUGCUCUCUGAAACGCACAGGAGGGAUCCAGCAGCAUGUGAUGUGUGGUUGGACAGAUUUUGGCCAGCUCCAGCAGGUCUGCCUUACACCCCUUCCCAGCCAGUGGUUGGCUCCCAGGAGCUCUCUCUGAGAUGUCACUGCUCCUUUGGAAAGCUGCUCGGUGAGGACAUGGGGGCUGGCUGCUCUAGAAAGUGAUUUUCUUGUGGUGAAGUCGAGGACGUACAGCAGCACCGUGUGAAAGAGGGAGAGAGGGAGAAACGAGCAGCACAACAUCCAGAGCCUGCUACCAAAGUCAGCAAGGGGAGGAAAGAGAGAGCUCGUCUUUGCAGCAUGUUUUUCCCCUGUGCCUUUUAAAUGCUAAAAGCUGAAACAUCAAAUGAGCUGUGGAUUUAUGGUUUUUGAAGAUUGCUUUAAUCCGGACAUUAAAAUAAAAGCAGCAAUGAAACUAUAGGGGGAAUGCUAUAUACAGAGUUUGAGAACAAGUCGUUGAGCUGGACAUGAAUGGGAUGGCAUCAGAUCACAACACUUCAUCCCAGGAUGAAUACCUCCCACACUACCUCCAGAGGGAAGACCCCUUCGCAUCAAAGCUUUCUAGAGAAGCUGACAUAGUAGCUGGAUUUUAUUUGACAGUAAUUGGGAUUCUUUCAACUCUGGGAAAUGGGUAUGUUAUUUUUAUGUCCUCAAAGCGAAAAAAGAAGCUAAGACCUGCUGAGAUAAUGACUGUUAAUUUAGCAGUGUGUGAUCUGGGCAUUUCAGUUGUAGGAAAACCCUUCAGUAUCAUUUCCUUCUUUUCUCACCGCUGGGUGUUUGGAUGGAUGGGCUGCCGCUGGUACGGAUGGGCUGGCUUCUUCUUUGGCUGUGGGAGCCUUAUCACCAUGACAGCUGUCAGCCUGGAUAGAUACCUAAAAAUCUGUCACUUGUCUUAUGGUACCUGGCUUAAGAGACACCAUGCCUUUAUCUGUCUGGCAGUAAUCUGGGCCUAUGCUACAUUCUGGGCUACGGUGCCUUUUGCUGGUGUGGGGAAUUAUGCUCCUGAGCCUUUUGGGACCUCCUGCACUCUGGACUGGUGGCUGGCGCAGGCAUCUGUGGCUGGACAGGCUUUUAUUCUGAGUAUUCUUUUCUUUUGCCUCCUGUUCCCAACUGCAGUGAUUGUGUUUUCCUAUGUUAAAAUCAUUUUAAAAGUCAAGUCAUCCACCAAAGAGGUUGCUCACUAUGAUACCAGGAUUCAGAACAGCCACAUACUUGAAAUGAAGCUGACCAAGGUGGCAAUGUUGAUCUGUGCAGGAUUCCUCAUUGCCUGGAUCCCUUAUGCUGUGGUGUCUGUGUGGUCGGCGUUCGGACAGCCGGAUUCAGUUCCCGUACAGUUUUCAGUGGUACCAACUUUGCUUGCAAAGUCAGCAGCCAUGUACAACCCAAUUAUUUACCAGGUCAUUGAUUGUAAGUUUGCCUGUUGCCGGUCGGGUGGAUUGAAGACUUUGAAGAAGAAGAACUCUUUGAAUAAAUCCAGGAUGUAUACCAUAUCUGCAAAUAGAGAUUCGACAGCAAUGAACGAAACCCAGCUGGAAGUAUGAAGGCUCAUUUCAUAUACAGCAGAUGAAAACCUG